AUGGCUUCGCAUCACGUCCUCAUCCUCGGCGGCCACGGCAACAUUGCCCAGAAGCUCACCCCGCUGCUGCUCCGCCGCUCCUGGACCGUCACCAGCGUCAUCCGCAAGCAGGAGCAGGCCCCGACCAUUGAGAAGCUCGGCGCCGGCCUCCCCGGCAAGCUCAACGUGCUCGUCCAGAGCAUCGAGGACGUCGCCAGCCAGCAGCAGGCCCAAGACAUUCUCAGCAAGGUCAAGCCCGACUACAUUGCCUGGAGUGCCGGCGCCGGUGGCAAGGGCGGCGCCGAAGCCACCUACAAGGUCGACCGCGACGCCGCCAUCAACUUUGUCCACGCCGCGGCCGCCACGCCCUCGGUGCGUCGCUUCCUGCUCGUCUCGUACAACGGCUCGCGCCGCGCCGCCGCGCCCUGGUGGCCCGCCGACGAGUGGGACGAGUACAACAAGAAAGUCAACUACGGCGUGCUCGCCGACUACCACCAGGCCAAGAUUGCCGCCGACGAGGCCCUCUACGCCGCCACCAAGAAGCCCGGCGCCACCCUGACCGGCAUCUGCCUGCGCCCCGGCACCCUCUCCGACGGGCCCGCCGGCAAGGUCCUCGUCGGCAAGGCGCCCCACGUCAAGGGCAACGUGCCCCGCGAGUCCGUCGCGCAGGUCGCCGAUGCUUUGCUCGCGGCCGAGGGUGUCAAGAGCGGCUGGCUCGAUCUGCUCGAGGGCGAUGAGUCUGUCGACGCAGCUGUCACCAAGGCUGUCAAGGAGGGUGUCGACACUGCCGAGGGCGAAGCUAUUUACAAGCAGUGA